UGGAAACUGACACGCUGCGUAAUCCGACCGGAGACCGACGUAAAGCCGGAGUCUCUAUAUAAGAGCCUCAACAACCUCGUUCACCCCUCACAACCAGUCCAUCAUCUACAAUGUCUCUCUCUGGAAAAGUCGUCCUCAUAACCGGCGCCUCCAAAGGCAUCGGCAAAGCCACCGCCCAACGUCUCGCUAGCGAAGGGGCCAGUGUUGUGCUUAACUACAACACCGACGCCACUUCCGCCAGCGAACUAGUCCAGGAAAUCGGCCAGGAUCGAGCUCUAGCUGUUCAAGCUGACGCCUCCAGGCUUCCAGAUCUCGACCGUCUCGUUGAAGCGGCCGUCGCUAAGUUUGGCAAGAUUGAUGUCCUCAUCCCCAAUGCCGGCAUCAUGCCCAUGCGCGACCUGGAACACACCACCGAGGAAGACUUUGACCGCGUCUACAAUAUAACCGUUAAAGGGCCAUACUUCCUUGCACAGAAAGCAGUAAAGCACAUUCCACCAGGUGGGCGCAUCAUCUUCGUCUCCACAAGCGUCAUCGGCCUGUCAAAUAUUGCCCCUCCAUAUCUCCUAUACGGCUCAGCCAAAGGGGCCGUCGAACAAAUGUCGCGAAUCAUGGCCAAGGAUCUCGCCCGGAAUGGCAUCCUGGUGAACUGCAUCGCCCCCGGCCCUACAACCACGGGGCUCUUCCUCGAGGGCAAGUCGGAUCAGGUCCUCAAGGCUGUCGCUGGGAACAGCCCAUUUGGUCGUAUUGGAGAACCAGAUGAGAUUGCGAAUGCGGUUUACUUUCUUUGUGGAAAGGAUAGCAACUGGGUGUCGGGGCAGGUUCUGAGAGUAAAUGGUGCGAUGGCAUAGCUUAGCUAUUAACUAAAGGGAUACCUAUUUGACAAUAUACAAAAUGCCACACCGUAUAUUAAAUAACCCGUAUGGUAUCCUGAAUUAAGCUCGGAAACAUCACGACUGCUUCUUCUUCACUGAGCGCCACUCGAUCAAAAGACUCCCUACAAUCGUCGUACACCCCAGCGCAACAGAAAGAUACCAAGUCCUCGUCAAGCUUCUAUCCAUAGCACCCAAAGCCUUAUCCAGCAUAUGCACCGGAACCAAAUCCUUAAUAUCCCCGAGCCCCGUCUCUUCGAUAUGUUUAGGCGUCAAUCCCGGAACAAUACUCUCCAAACUCCCCGCCAAUAGAUUCGUAAAUAUCACCUGUCCAACGGCAAGGAAAACAGCCGGACCCAUACUCUGCCCGAACAGAAUAACCCCAAUGGCAAGGUUCACAUCCGCCGC